AUGGAGAACUACCAGAAGAUCGAGAAGAUUGGUGAAGGUACUUACGGUGUCGUCUACAAGGCCCGUGAGCUCAACCACCCCAACCGCAUCGUUGCCCUCAAGAAGAUUCGACUGGAAGCCGAAGAUGAGGGUGUUCCCAGCACCGCCAUUCGCGAGAUUUCGCUUCUCAAGGAAAUGCAGGACCCCAACAUCGUCCAGCUGCUGAACAUUGUCCACGCCGACGGUCACAAGCUUUAUCUGGUCUUCGAGUUUCUCGACCUUGAUCUGAAGAAGUACAUGGAGGCUCUGCCGGUCAGUGAAGGUGGCCGCGGCAAGGCUCUUCCCGAUGGCACCAUGAUGGGUGCUAACCUGGGCCUGGGCGAGGCCAUGGUCAAGAAGUUCAUGGCCCAACUCGUGGAGGGUGUCCGCUACUGCCACAGUCACCGUAUCCUCCAUCGCGAUCUCAAGCCACAGAACCUGCUUAUCGACGUCGAGGGCAACUUGAAAUUGGCUGAUUUCGGUCUGGCCCGCGCAUUCGGUGUUCCCCUCCGCACCUACACUCAUGAGGUUGUUACGCUGUGGUACCGGUCCCCCGAGAUCCUGCUGGGCGGUCGUCAAUACUCUACCGGUGUCGACAUGUGGUCCGUGGGCGCCAUCUUCGCCGAAAUGUGCACGCGCAAGCCACUGUUCCCUGGCGACUCGGAGAUCGACGAGAUCUUUAAAAUAUUCCGCGUCCUCGGCACUCCCGACGAAGAGGCAUGGCCCGGUGUCACCUCAUUCCCUGACUACAAGGCCACCUUCCCUAAGUGGAAGCGCCCCAGUGGAGCUCUGGUUCCCGGCCUGGAAGAAGCUGGUUGCGAGCUUCUUGAAUCGCUUCUCGAGUAUGACCCUGCCCAUCGCCUGUCCGCCAAGCAGGCUUGUCAGCACCCUUACUUCCGCCAGGGCAGCUCGCACUACUCCGGCCGUACCACUCGCAACGGUUAUCACUGA